AUGGCGAACCGGUGGUGGACCGACUCGGUGGGUCUGGCCGGGGUUGACUACUCUUCCCCCGUCAAAAAACCGGAUCUGGGUUUCUCCAUGAACGAUACUGCAUCUUUAGCAACUGUGAACCACGGUAGUGAAGGUAAAGAUGAAGAAGGAGAGGAGAAAGAAAACAGCGACGAUCCCAAAGAGGUGGCCACCACGCGCAGGCCCAGGGGUCGCCCCGCGGGCUCCAAGAACAAGCCCAAACCGCCGGUGAUUGUGACCAGAGACAGCCCUAACGCACUCCGAAGCCAUGUCAUGGAGAUAGCUAACGGAACUGACAUCGCUGAUAGCUUGAUUCAAUUCGCAAGAAGGCGACAAAGAGGUGUCUGCGUUCUCAGCGCCACCGGCACAGUCACCAACGUCACUCUCCGACAGCCGACGUCCCCCGGCGCCGUCAUGGCACUUCACGGCCGGUUUGACAUAAUAUCAUUGACCGGUUCGUUUCUUCCUGGACCGUCCCCACCGGGCUCGACCGGGCUAACCGUUUACAUCGGCGGAGCUCAGGGACAAGUUGUGGGCGGUGGGGUGGUGGGUCCGCUGGUGGCAUCAGGAAUGGUUAUGAUAAUGGCGGCUACGUUUUCGAAUGCUGUAUACGAGAGAUUACCCAUUGAGGAUGAAGAUCAAGAAGAAGCCCAUGGGCCAGGUCGAGAGGGUUCGUCUUCGGUCUAUAAUGGGCAACAGUUGAACCACGAAGCUUUUUCUCCUUGGUCUCAUGGUCAUGGCAGGCCACCUUAUUGA